GAGAGAGAGAGAGAGAGAGAGAGAGAGAGAGAGAGGGGGGAGAGAGAUACAGAGACGGAGAUAGAGAGAGGGAGACAGAGAGCGAGGUAGAGAGAAAGAGACAGAGAGAUAGAGAAAGAUAUUUCGCUGGUGUCAGACACGACGACGAAGUUGGUCGUCCAUGCUCAGCCCGGGGGGAAUGGAAGAAUUCGUGACCGAAGAGGAAGAGCCAUGGUACGACCAGCAGGACCUGGAGCAGGACCUCCACCUUGCGGCGGAGCUGGGGAAGACCCUGCUGGAGAGGAACAAGGAGUUGGAGGACUCCCUGCAGCAGAUCUACAUCACCAAUGAGGAGCAGGUGCAGGAGAUAGAGUACCUGUCCAAGCAGCUGGAGGUGCUACGGGACAUGAACGAGCAGCACGCUAAGGUCUACGAGCAGCUGGACGGGACGGCCCGCGAACUGGAGCUCACCAACGUCCGGCUGGUGACCGACAGCAAGUCCUCCCAGCAGAAGAUCGAGAGGCUGACGGGCACCAUCGACACCCUCCAGACCCAGGUGGAGUCCCUCUCCAGCCAGGUGGAGCAGCUGCGCUCCAUGGAGCAGCUCCGGGUGAAGCGGGAGAAGCGGGAACGCCGCAAGACCAUCCACUCCUUCCCCUGCCUGAGGGAGCUGUGCACGGCGCCCAGGUACGAGGACGGCUUCGUGGUGGGCCGGGCGGAGAGCUUCACCCUGGACGCCCAGAAGCAGCCUCUUGAGGAGGAGAACACCACCCUGCGGGGGGCGGUGUCGGCGCUGCGCUCGGCCGUGCGGGCGGAGCGGGGCCGGCGGGAGGGGGCGGAGAAAGAGUGCCACCUGCUGCUCAGCGAGUUCUCUCGCCUGGAGAACCGCAUGCAGGACGCCGAGAACUGCCAGUCGCGGGUCCGGGAGCUGGAGGGGGAGCUGAUGGAGCUGCAGCAGGUCCGGCGGGCGCGGACCCUCCUGCUGAGCGGCGAGGAGGACGGCGUGGGGCUGACGCAGACGCUCCUCAACCGGACCCCCGAGACGGACACCUUCCUGGAGGGGGAGGGGGGCGAGGCCGGGGGCGGGGUGAGGGAGGUGGCGGAGGGAUCGGACGGCGUCGGUGGGGAGGCCCUGCCGGCGUCAAGCCCUGUGCGGAAGAGCUGCAGCGACACGGCGCUCAACGCCAUCGUGGCGCGCGACGCCUCCGGGCGCCGCCGCGGCAGCUACGCCAUCCACGCCAACAGCGUGAGGAAGAGGGGCAUGUCCAUCCUGAGGGAGGUGGACGAGCAGUACCACGCCCUGCUGGAGAAGUACGAGGAGCUGCUGGGCAAGUGCCGGCGCCACGAGGAGAGCCUCUGCCACGCCGGCGUCCAGACCUCCCGGCCCGUGUCCCGGGACCCGUCCAUGAAAGACUGCGCCAUGGGGCCCACGCCGCCGCUGGCGCCCCCGUCGACGGAGCCCAGCGGCUCGCCCUCCACCCCCGAGGCCAUCGAGAGCAUCAGCAAGCAGGUGGACGCGGUGGACAAGCGCCUGGGUCAGAACACUCCGGAGUACAAGGCCCUCUUCAAGGAGAUCUUCUCCCGCAUCCAGAAGACCAAGACCGACAUCAAAGCCACCAAAGCCGCCAAAGCCAGCAAGCCGGGCAAAUCCGGCAAGUCUAGUAAACAGUGAGCGUUGGGGCGGGCGCAGGCCGGUGUCACGAUUGUGCCCUUCAGUGUUCAGGGUUCGAGAUUGUAAAAAAUGCAAGGUUCACUUUAUCGCUCUCCGACGUUUGAUUUUAGCGCGGCGCGAAAUCAGAUCAUUUGAAACCAACGCAAGGCCAACUUAAGAUCCAACGUAAGGCGAUGCACAUCGAGUCUCACUGAUCAGUGUUUAGUUUUUUUGAUCUCAUUCUAAAUGAUGUUCGUGACGAUGAGGAGGAUGGCGCUGAUGAAGGGGAAGCCAGGCAGACGGUCUACUGACAGCUCAGGCCACCCGCCCUCGGAGGCCCAUCUCACAUUCAUUUAUUAUGUUAAACUGUUCAGAUAUUAUAAUUAAGUGUCAGCUACAAAGCAAAUAUUUAACAGCUGCAACUGCAGUUUGCUUUGCUUCCACCAACAUCUUACGUUAAACAUAAACCUGUCAUUCUCCGAUAUUCUUUUUUAGUUUAAACGUGAACUGAAAAAGGCAAGCAUUGAGCCUACAGAUGUCAGCGUCAGACUCUGGUUUAGUUGAUAAAAUCUAAGAUUUGUUGUCGUUUUGACAGUUCUGCAUUGCGGCAGCAUCUGUCAAUCUUUAAACAAACACAUCAACUACGACUCCUGCUUUUCCUUUAAUGAAACACCAACUGCAGGCCUCCAAAAGAAGCCAUAAUUCCUUUCUUAUCCAUAUUAAUACACGCACACAUUACAUGUCGAGCUCGUUCUAUGAUCCGUAGCAGCUUCUGUGCAUUAGUCUACACGUUAAACCCAAAUUGAAGCUCAGUGCCGUCUCAACUCCUAACUUGAGAUGUAAACAGUCUUCAACUGGCGAUCUGCUUCUAUCUACAAUCUAAUAUCUUCCUAUAACGGCGAAAAGCCUUUUGCCUGGAGCACCUCGCUACUACCCUGCACUGCUCUACAUGUGUGUGACCUUAGUACUGUAUUUUAUACUCCAGGGUUAGCGUCCUCCGCCCUUUUCUCUAGACAAUUAACAUACUAACCCUCUUUCUGUUUAGCAUCCGGUUGUCAUUGGAGAUCAGGAGAAAAUUCCCAAAACCUUACCAUGACAUAUUUUCCCCAUGUUUUCAAACUAGAUGCAUCAGUUCACUGUGAUUUUGCCAUAGUAACUCCAUUGCAGCGCUUUAUGUUAUAGAAGGGAUGGCUUAAAGGGGAAAGACCAAGACAAUAUACUAGUCAUCUUUUGCAUAGGUGAACUAUUACUAUUCAUAAGAGAUUGGAGGAGGUUAGGAGAAAUCAAACUCAGAAGAAAAACUGUGGUUUAGAAGAAAAAUGCUUUCUCCUACGCAUAGUUUUGUUAAGGUGCAAACACUCAAAUUCCACCUCAGGGACAGCGCUUUUAGGACCAACUCCCCAGCUCACACAAGCUCUCACAUUGACAUGUUCACAUCCCAUCCCCUAAUACUACAUUCACAUUUGGCUCUGAUCCCAACAGCCCUGACCAUUCACACAGCGCUGGCUUGGCCGGAGAUGCAUUAAGUCCACAUUCUAUUCAGUCUCUUCAGUGGUUUGGUACUAACGUUUGGCUGCUGUCCCUGGGGGCUAUCCUCGUGUGUUUGGAUGCUGAAUCAUGUUGCGUCACACUUGCUGCCGCCUCAUUCGAGCAGAAUGAGCAGAACACAAUCGCUCUGCAGGUCGUUGUCCCUGCGUUGUUUGAGACGCGCCCUGCUUCAGAAAAAAGCGCUUUGGACUGCGAUUUCCUGGACUCCUCGACCGUGUUAUGGUUGUUGGUGGACAACCAACAAUCCCGAGCCCCUCUGUGUAUGAAGUGCAGUGAUUCAUUUGAAUGGUCAAUCCCCUUCAAAAAAAACCUGCAGCUCCACGCAGUUUGUGAAAAGAUCCCAUUUGAUUCAGACCCAAAAAACAUUUUUCAUGAGAAGCUCAGUGCACCCUAGCAAGCAAGGCCUUCGGCUAACACCAAACAAACCUAUUAACGCAAUUUGCGUGUUGCCACUGCCUCAGAGAAUACGAUACACAAUGCCUUCAUUCCCUUGGCUAACCUCUAUAAAUAUAGUUUGUUUUAAGUACAAGUUAUUCCAGUAUAUCUUAUAUUUGAUAAUCACUUCAAACCAUAGGCCUACAACAAACAAUUAUACAGAUACAACCGAGAAUGGAUGGCGAUUUUUUUACUGAAUCCGGUCGUCAGAGGAUUCACUGACUGGAGCAUUUAAUCUACUGCAGACAUGUGGUAACCUGCUACCCCAAUGAGCCGGGUUCCAGUUAAGAAACAUAAGUUUCAGCGAGGGUUAAAGCCUCAUUCGGCAUUUAUUGCAUACACUUGGACAAUACAUGAUACUCGCGGUCUCUAGGCCCUCCGUGGGCCUCUAGCUGCUCGCUGACCCGAGCGCUUCCUCCUUUCUCGCUCCCGUUCCUGGUCUGCCCAAAUGUCAGUCCUCCUUUUAAGAUGGCUCCUCGGCUUUCGGCCAGAUGUCCCCCAAUCUCGCUGAUUGGGGUUCGGUCGGUGCUCUCCGUCGCCGGCUGGUGGGUGACGGUGGUAUCGGCCAUCCAGGACCAACCCUCGGGCUGGUCCGGGCCGAGGUUUGAGUGGCGGGAUGCCACACUCCUCCACCCUUUGUCCAAGCCUCGGGUCGACGGAUAGUGGGUGGUGGCGGUAUACGCCGUCCCGGGCCGAGGUUUACGGGGCGGGAUGCCACAAGACACUAACCACACACCCAAACGCCAGGCUACGACUGCACCUAGAAAACAGGGGUUGAGCUUCUGAACCGCAAGCUAUAGCUCUAUGUUCUGUCAGAGCUUUGGCAGGGCAGCAGCUAAACCGGCUCUUGCCGAAAAGAUGUAUGCCAAACCAGAUGUUAUUUUCUUAAUCCCUGAAGGGUUCUUUACUGUAUAUUUUGCACUUGAAAUGUUUGAUGCGUCAUAUUUUGCAUCAUGACAAUAUACUUUUGUCUUAUUUAUUCGUUGGUGAAUGUUUCAUGAUUGUGUCCUUGAUUGUGUGUGUUCUUGGUGCCUCUAUGUUAAUGUCACUAACAUGUGUGUGCAGUUAUUAAAAUGUUUGUGCAUUCAUUUGAUCCCCUGGAUGGAAAGUGAUGUAGGAUGCUAUUGGUUAACAUAUGGUAUAUUGGCAUUUAAGGUGAGUCAGGUGUUUCUUCUAUACCGGAUAAUUACCUUGUUAAUAAAGCGUUGAUUGAAAGUG